AUGGAAGAACUGACGCCACUCGCUUCACUAAAAUCAUUGAUAUUGGACCUCCCUCCAAGCUGCGCCGAGUUCUGCCCCGCGCAUCCAGAGUAUCUAGUGACAGCACCGGAGACACAAGAGGAUGACGAGGGGGGAGACUCUCCAGCAGCUCCCAAAGCCCAGAACCGAAAUGGCAGCCUUGUCGUCCUCAAGGUACAAGGCGAUGACAUAUCGAUAGUGCAGACGGUCAUGCAACCAUCUGCUCUGCUGGAUCUCCGCUUCUACCGGGACGUGCCAGAAUACCGAGACGUCUUGGCAGUGGUGUCCAGCACCGGAACCCUUGCAGUCUUCAAGUUCGACCCGCUCCGAGAUGCCAGCGCGCCUUUGCAGCAGUUGGCCACGAGCCGGUGCGAGGACCUAGACGAGGGCGUUCUGUUUCUCCAGUGCAACUGGCACCCAGUCGCGCGCAGAGUGAUCGGGGUGACCACUUCUACCGGGUUGGCAAGACUGCUGCUGCUGGACGAUGAGUGGAAAAUUGCGAAAUCUGCCGACGUGGACAUUCAGAACUCUCUCGAGGCCUGGUGUAUAGCUUUCGCUCCUGUAGGUCCCGCAUCGCACGCAACGAACCAGCCCAUCUCAGUCUAUUGUGGGGGGGACGACUCCAUGCUCCGAUAUACGACCUGUCACUGGGUAGGGGAAGGGGAUGAACAAGACCCAUCAUCCAUCCUAGAUAUGCCAUUCGCCCCCAUGACAAUCAAGGGGCAGCACGAUGCAGGAGUAACUGCCAUUCUGCCCCUGUCGCUGUCAACCAGAGAUCACGGCAGACUGGUCGUCACGGGGAGCUACGACGACCAUUUGCGAGUCUUUGCCAUUCAUGAUCUCCAUCAAUCGUAUGGCUUGAAGCGCGUGCAACUGCUAGCAGACGCGAACCUGGGAGGCGGUGUAUGGAGGUUGAACCUGGUCGACAUCCAGACGACGGAAGGCUCUACAAAGAUACGACUCCUGGCAUCUUGCAUGUAUGCGGGAGCAAGGCUUGUCGAGAUCGUAUCCGACGACGGACAGAGCUGGGCCUGCGUGGUUCUGGCCCGGUUUGAAGAACACAAAAGCAUGAAUUAUGCCUCGGAUGUUGUGCCGUCGCCGCAUACGGAUGGUGGGAGGACGCGCAUUGUCUCAACCAGCUUCUACGACAAGCUGCUCUGCCUCUGGGAGUACGAGCCGCGGCGAUAAUACCAGAUCCAAUUGCCGAUGACGCCAAGUCCAUCGUGA